AAUAAAUUCUAUCAUGCUCUCUUUUCUAUUAAUUUAUGGUGGUUUUGUUCUACUCAUCACCCAACUUUUUCUUCAUUUUCAUUGUCUUCAAGAAUGGAAGAUCCCACAAUCACCCUUCUUGAACCUGAAACAGAAAACAACACACCAAAAAUAAAACAAACACACAAGCUUUCUGAUGAACAAAGAACAUGCAUGAUUCAAGUACUUUUACAGCACAUAAAAAAUGGAAAGCCAACAAGGGGUGUGAUGAAGAAAUUGGCAGCAGAACACAACAUAAGCUCAAAAACUGUGCAAAGGCUAUGGGCAUCUACAAAGAAACAAAUUCAAGAAGGAAAGGCCAUCUCAAUAUCAAAAAAGAUGAAAGGUAAACUAUAUGGACGGGAGAAGAUUAACAUAUCAGUGGAAGAGGUCUCAGCUGUAUCCCCAAGUAAAGGAAGAACUAUCAGAGCAUUGACAAAGGCUAUUUUGAAGUCAAAAAGCACUGUGCAUAGAAUGGUCAAAUGUGGAAAUAUAAAGGCUCACACAAAUUCCAUUAAUUAAGCUUUACUUGUCAAAAGAAAAGAAGGUAAAAUGCUUACAAUUCUGUAUAAGUAACUGAAAACUAGUACCAUUAAUAUGGAACCUACAUUUGAAGACUUCUAUAAUUAUGUGCAUGUGGAUGAAAAAUUGUUUUACAUGACUCAAACCACACAAAGAGUGUAUGUUCAUGCAGAUGAGGAGAAUAACUUACAUAGGACUGUUCAGUCCAUAAAGUUUAUAACGAAAGUCAUGUUCCUUGUUGCCUCUGCUAGGCCACAAUAUUCAGAAACUGGUGAAGUUACAUUUGAUGGAAAAAUUGAUAUUUUCCCAUUUGUAGUGACAGAACCAGUUAGGAGACGUAGUAGAAGCAGACCCAGGGGUACCUUAGUUACCAAGCAUGUGCUCUCACUGAACAAAGAGGUGUACAAGUCAUUUUUAAUCAACAAAGUUUUGGGUGUAAGAGAAUUUGCAUAUAGCAAAAUAAUGUUGGACCUCAUUUAGCAUGUGAUGAUCCUGAUUUUCUAGCGGCAUCCAAGUCUGAUGGGUUUGACAUUGAGUUAACAUGUCAACCACCAAAUAGUCCAGACCUAAAUGUUCUGGACUUGGGAUACUUUAGGGCUAUUCAAGCUCUGCAGCAAGAAAAGAGGUGCAAAACAAUUAAUGACCUAGUUGAAGCAGUGAUGAAGUCUUACUAUGAGUUUGAUCUACAAUUAUCAAACAUUGUGUGGCUAAGCUUACAAAUACUAUAUAGGGGAAGUGAUCAAAGUUCUGGGUUGUAAUGCUUACAAGAUCCCACAUGUGGGAAAGAAUACACUUUUGAGGCAUGGAGAACUACCCAUCUCAGUUUGCAUUACGAAUGAGGGAUUAGCCAAAGCCCAACACUUUUUGAGCAUGUUGGAAGUGGACUGGACAGUGAUGUUGGAUGAUGAUGCAAUGGGACAGGUUAUGGAUGAUGACAACUAAGAAGACUAUGUGGCUAAGUAUUUGUAAAACCAAGUGUAUGUGGCCACCUUUUUUUGCAAAGAACAAGUGUAGUAAUUAGCCACUUUUUUUGUAAACCAAGUGUAGUAUGUGGCCUAACUUUUGCUAAAGACCAAGUGUAAUAGUAUGUGGGUUUCUUUUUGUAAAGACCAAGUGUAGUAUAUGUUCUUUUUGUAAAGACCAAGUGGGUUUGUUUUCGUAAACUAAGUGUACUAUCUGUUCUUUAUUGUAAAGACCAAGUGGGUUUGUUUUUUUGUAAACAAAGUAGCAUUGCUUUUUGAAGAAGAAAUGAGGUAUCUGCUCAUACAACAGACCUAAAAAAAGUGUACUAUCUGUUCUUUUUUGUAAAGACCAAGUGGAAUUGUUUUUUGUAAACUAAGUGUACCAUUGCUUUUUGAAGAAUAAAUGAAGUAUCUGCUCAUUCAACAGACCUAAAAAAAGGUAGUACUAAAAACUCUUUACUUUUUGGUCAAAAAAGAAUGUGGACAAAGAGAAUCUCUUCUAGACUAACAUGUGUGUGAUUGGAGUGACUACAAUGUCAUUUGGAAGACCAAGUAUAGUUAUAUGAAGCCAUUGGU